AGAACCACCUAGUACAGUUGUGGGGUUGUGGCCCUGGUGUUGGGUUUGUUACUUGUUGGAGAGAGAGAGACGCAAAAACAACACAAAUUUAGAGAGAGAAAACAAAAAUCACCCAGGAGCUUUUUUUUGCACCCCCUCUUUCAGAGAAGAUGGUCGGAGAGAGGUUGCUCCUCUGAGAUCAUCCUGAAAAGGGCAGCCAAAGGAAAUAGCACUUUCAUUUUAAUUUCUUAUUAUUGUUUCGUUUUUUCCUUGACAAUUUUGUAUCAUCCCCAGGUUCUAAAUUUUCUUUGCUGCCUUUUUUUCGAGUCUCGAUUAUCCCCAAGCUCCUACCGAAGGACCCAUCAUCAUCAUCAUCAUCGUCAAUCCCCAUUUUGUUCUACUUCGAUUUUAUCUUCAACAACAACAGCAAAUUAUUUUCCUUAUUGACUGACCUCUUUUGCCCCUUGUUUUCUGGCAAAAAAUCCCUUCUUUUCUUUUUCCUUUUUGAUUGAACCUCAGAAAUUUAUCUUGAUCUGGGUUCUGCAAUUAUUGGCCAAAACGGAGUUCUAACGUAAAACUUUUGAGGGAAAAAAAAAAACAGAAGAUGAGGGACCCCAAUCCGUAUAAGUGGGUAGCUGCAUUUUCUGUUCUUUGUAAAUUAUUUUGUGCGUAGUAGUAAAUAUUUGUAUACAUAUAUAUAGGACCAUAUUUGUAAAUCCCCCCCCUCCCCCAAACCAAAAAAAAAAAAGGAAAAUAUUUUGUUGUUGUUGUUGUUGUUGUUGUUUUGAUUAAUAAAUUUGUUACGCCGCUGAUUAAAGCGAGAGGGGUUUUUGUGCAAAACAAAAAUCUGGCGAUUUUGUGUAGAGUUCUGGCUGUCAUUGGCCUCCACCACUGCUACAUAUGGUUAACAAAGCAAUGGGGUUUAGAUGGAACACUUGUGGAAAUAAGUUAUCUAGUUUCACGAUAUUGAUUCUUGUUUUGGGUGUUCAAGGGUGUUGGUCCAUCAAUUCUGAAGUGCAGGAUUGGCAUUGUUAGAAUUCCGCGGAAGGGUGGCUUAUGAUCCGUAUGGGGCGUUUGACAAUUGGAAUCCGGAGGAUAAUGACCCGUGCAUGUGGUUAGGUGUUCAUUGUGUUGACGGAAAAUUGCAAAUACUGGAUCUCAAUGGGCUUUCUUUGGAAGGAGAACUGGUUCCAGAACUUGGGAAGCUAACUCAUCUUAGAUCUCUUGUAAUUUCCAACAACCGAUUUUCUGGUGCCAUCCCGAAAGAUAUUGGAGGACUAAUUAUGCUGGAGGUACUGGACUUGAGAAAUAACAACUUCACUGGAACUAUUCCGCCAGAAUUAGGAGGACUGCGGUCAUUGAAACGCUUGUUGCUUUGUAAUAAUAGCUUCAAGGGAGACGUUCCUUUGGAGCUUGGGAGGCUCAAUUUGCUCUUUGAAUUGCAGUUCGACGAAAACCUUACGUUUGCUGCGACCACUGGAAUUAGCUGCGUUAAUAGAAAAUUUGGGCAUUGCAUCUGGCAGAGCAGUUUGAAAAAACAAAAGAAAGCAGAUCUGUUUAUGGUUCCUGUUAAAGAGACACUUCUACAUAAUCUCAAUGCAUUGCCAUUGUUCAAAUCUGGAAAGGAUUCCUGGAACAGUCCUGAAUAUGAAAAUCUACCACGUGUGAAUGAGGUGCAUAAUGUACAAAACCUUGUUAAUAUCGUAAGGCGCAAGCUACUUGAACAAUCCAGCAACCUCAUUGCCACCUCAGCUAGUGGCGGAUCCCCUCCUGUGGAAAUCGUUGCUCUUCCAACAACCCGGAGUAGUGGGUCUUACCCUGCCGUACAGAAAGGAAAGGAAGGACAAUUGCAUCAGUCUACACCUUCUACUGGUGAUUCUGUGACCCAACCCAAUCCUAAAACAGCCAAUCCUGAUAGCCAGUCUUCUGGCUCUGUUAAUAAGCCAGCUGAAGAAAAGCUUUCAUCGGGUGGGAUUUCUGGAUAUGCUUGGAAACAUAUAGGUAUGAUUUCAGGUGGUGUUUUACUUUUCAUUGCCGCAACCAUGUUCAUUAUGUGUCGGAGACGAGCAGCAUCAACGAUUGGUCCUUGGAAGACUGGACUGAGUGGACAGUUACAGAAAGCAUUUGUUACAGGGGUUCCCAAGCUAAACCGGGCAGAGCUAGAAAGUGCCUGUGAGGAUUUCAGCAACAUUAUUGAUACCAUUGACGGUUGCACGAUAUACAAGGGAACGUUAUCAAGCGGAGUUGAGAUUGCUGUUGCAUCAACUGCAAUAUAUUCUGCCAAAGAUUGGUCUAAGCGCUCAGAAGUGGCCUACCGGAAGAAGAUCAAUACGCUGUCAAGAGUAAACCACAAGAACUUCGUUAAUCUUAUUGGUUUCUGUGAAGAGGAGGAACCUUUCACUAGGAUGAUGGUGUUUGAGUACGCUCCAAAUGGAUCCGCCUUUGAGCAUCUGCAUGUUAAGGAAGUUGAACAUCUUGACUGGAAUGCGAGGAUGAGGAUUAUUAUGGGAACUGCUUACUGUCUUCAGUACAUGCAUGAACUGAAUCCACCUGUGGCACAUUCCAACUUGAAUACAACCUCUAUCUUUUUGACAGAUGAUUAUGCCGCUAAAAUUGCAGAGAUCAGUUUCGGAACGGGGGCUUCUUCCAAGUCAAAAAUUUCAGGGGAAAAUGACUCAGAACAUUCUGAACUCCCACCGUUUUCUGAUCCUGAAACAAAUGUAUACAGUUUUGGAAUAAUGUUGCUUGAAAUCAUUUCUGGGAAGCUCCCCAACAAAGAAGAACAAGGGCCUCUAGUGAAUUGGGCUGCUCAAUACCUGAGUGAUAAGAGGAACAUCAGCUAUAUGAUCGAUCCAACGUUGAAGUCCUUCAAAAACAAUGAGCUUGACAUCAUCUGUGAAGUAAUCCAGGAUUGCAUUCAACAGGAUGCGAGGAAGAGACCGACCAUGAAAGAGAUCACAUCGAGACUGAGGGAAGUGAUUGCUAUAACACCCGACGCAGCAACUCCCAGACUUUCUCCCCUAUGGUGGGCUGAACUUGAGAUCCUUUCCGCGGAGUCAACCUAAUUCACUGCAGAAAUUUUCUCCUCUGUUGCAAGUCGAGAUGCUCUCGUAGUUUGUACCAAUUUACCCAAAAACAAAAAAAACAACAAAAAAUAGGACCACUUUGCGCACCAUGGCGACUAAAUUCUUUUACAGCUUACUAUAUAAGUACAUAUUUUGUUUUAUUAUUCUGGUUUUGCUCGCUCACUUUCUGUCAGCCCACAUUUUUGUUCCAAUAUUUUGCAUACAUCUCUGUCUAAUUUAUAGUGUACAUAUGUAUUUCCGCGAUCUAAGUUUGGAAUGUACAAAGAAAUAGCAUGAGAUGGGGUUUACAGUCCCACCGUGAAUGUCUAAUAUACUUUUUUCGUGUUCUGAUC